UGAGCAUGUGAAGGAUUAAGGUCACCUACGUGGCCCGGAAAGUGGUCACCGAAGGUGCAGGCUUGGUCCGUCAAGCACAGUUUUCGGAGCUCCACCACCGAGGGCGAAAGGUCAAAGGCAGUGCGAUAUACACCACGAUUCCACCCACUGGCACAAAUUUCUUUCCGUAGCACGUGUUGCGACAGCCAACCUCACAAGAGCAUCGAAAACGGUGGAGGAAUGAACAACUGCAUUGGAUAGAAAUGUAUUUCAUGUUGCCUGAGGACGAGAGGCACGAUGCGAGGGCUUCGGCCGCUUUCAAGGGAGAUAUAAAAACGAGUUGUUAUUUUACUGCCGUUUACAAUAUGCGUAGGUCACUUAAAGGAUACUUUAAGAAGAGCCAUACCAUUGUCUACCAAACACAUCUAUACGGAUUUCGAAUACUCCUCACAUAUCACGCUCCAAGAUGACGCCAGCCAUUCACCUCAAGAAGGACGAAGGCUAUGAGAUCGACCAGCACGCUAUGCAAGACUCAGGUCCCAGCACUGAGACAGGAGACUAUGCAGGUGCCUCAUCUAAGAAAGAUGCAGCAGAAAUUGCGUUGGUCCGAAAAUUGGACAUCUAUAUCAUGCCAAUCCUCUGGAUUAUGUACUUCAUGAACUAUCUUGACCGAAAUGCGAUCACCACGGCUCGUCUGAACGGAAUGGAGAAAGACCCAGGCAUGGUCGGAGCACAGUACAACACUUGUAUCAGUAUCCUCUACGUCGGGUACCUCUUGAUGCAAGUGCCAUCAAACAUGCUGAUCUCUUCGACUAAAGUCAGACCGUCACUCUAUAUGAGCAUCUGUAUGUCGACAUGGGCUGUGGUUUCAGCAACGACAGCGGCCACGCAGAGCUACACUGGCAUGGUCCUCUGCCGUUUCUUCAUUGGCGUUGUCGAAGCGCCCUACUAUCCUGCAGCAUUAUGCUUUCUGUCAAUGUUCUAUACGCGCAAGGAGAUCGCAACACGACUUGCCAUUCUAUACUCUGGGAACAUCUUUUCAACAUCUUUUGCAGGCCUGAUCGCAGCAGCCAUACUUGUUCAUCAUCGAUGGCUCUUCACGCUGGGCUGUGCGUUUGCUGCCGCAUGGAUUCUGCCUGACUUUCCCCUGACUACACGAUGGUUGAAACCUGCUGAACGUCGAUUGGCGCACGACAGAAUCGCUCGUGACACAGUGGGCAUUGCCACAAGCAAAGGACCUUGGUCUGGCUUCGUUCAGGCAGUCAAAGAUCCGCGGCUUUACUUGCUCUGCUUCAUGCAGAACAUGCACAUCAGCGCAUGUAGUUUCAACAAUUUCUUCCCCACUGUGAUCGGCGGCCUCGGCUUCAACAGUACAAUCACAUUGCUGCUGACCUGCCCUCCUUAUCAUGUGUCCGGACUUUUCGGCAUCCUGGCUGCCCUUUCAUCUGGCAAGUUCAACGAGCGGACGUGGCAUAUCACCGGCUGCAUGGGAUUAGCUCUUACGGGAUUCAUCAUCUCCUGCGCCACUCUGAACGUUGCCGCACGAUAUGUCUCGUGCUUCAUGUUCGCCUCAGGAGCUUAUGCUGUCAACUCUAUAAUAUUUGGCUGGGUCAGCGCAACACUGGGCCAGACGACCGAGAAAAAAGCAGUGGCUCUGUCGAUUGUGAAUGUCUUUGCCAAUCUCUCCUACGUCUACACGCCGUAUCUUUAUCCUAAGAGCGACGGUCCGCACUACCUCACUGGAAUGGCGAGCGAUGCUGCAUUUGCUACCAUGACCAUUGCCAGCACCUGGGCUCUGCGAAUCUGGUUGCGCGCGACGAAUCACAAGCUCCAAAAUGAGGACAGCGGGACGAUUCUAUAUUACGUCUAUUAA